AUGGAGGCGGGCGAGGAGGAGGCGGGCUACGGAGCCUUCCUCCGGGCGAUGCCCACGGCGCACACCUACCUGGGGGAGGUGCGGGAUCUCCCGGGAAACUCCGACAUCCGAUACGAGCUCGCCAGGUCCGGCGGGCCGUUGCGGUGCAAUCUCCCAUUGCUCCCGCUUUCGCAUCAGGUGCUCUUUCCGGGCGACACGCUCCCGCUCAUGAUACCGAGCGACGACCCGCUGACGCAAAGGCUCGUCCACCGCGCCAUGGCCGCGCCACCGCCGCUCAAGGGGCUCUUCUGCGCGCUCACGUUCGUCCCGGAGAUGUACGACGUCGCCUCCGAGGACCCCCGCGGCGUCGUCGGCACCGUGAUGGAGAUCCGCCAGGUCUCCGUGGAGGACGACGCCCGGGAGGACUCCGCGCUGUCCGUCGUCGCCAGGGGCAUCUUGAGGCUCCGGAUCGUGGACCUCGACUGGAUCCACUACCUCGCGCGCCACCCCGUGGGUCUCCGUCCCGUCGCCGUGCGCUCCGCCACGUCCGUGGACGUCGAGUGCGACGUCAUCCCCGAGGAGACGUUCCCGCGGCGACCGGCGCUGCCCGCGACCGCGUUCGGGAAAAACUCCCCCGCCCUUCCCCUCACGCCGCACAGCGCUUCGGUGUACGAAGCCUUCGACGCCGUCCGUCUCGCCGAACGCGUCAGGCGCACGCCGUUCGUGGCGCUGACGGUGAAGGACGUGGCGUCGCUGCCGAAAGAUCCGGAGUCGCUGUCGUACGCCGUGGCGAGUCGGUUGCCCCUGGAUGCGUGCGAGCGAUGGCGCCUUUUGGCGACGGAGACGACGACGGAGCGGACUCGGCUUCUGCUGCGUUUGCUGUCGGAGAAAGAGGCGUGCGAUCUAUCGCUGACGUGUCGCCGGUGCGGCGUCGCCGUGGCCAACAUGUCGGACAUCGUCGUCGUCUCCGACGGUGGCGCCACCGGGUCGUACGUGAACCCCGGCGGGAUCGUCCACGACAUGGUCACCGUGGAGCCUCGCCACGCGGGCCGGACGCUUCGGCUCCACGGCGACCCGAGCGCGGAGCACAGCUGGUUCCCGGGGUACCGGUGGACCAUCGCGACGUGCGGGACGUGCGGGGUGCACAUGGGGUGGAGGUUCACGCCCGAGCGGGAAGGAUCGCGAGUGGGGAGUAGCGGCGGAGACGGUGACCAGCUCGGAGCGCAGCUGGAGUCUUUCGAGCCUCGUUCCGCGACGGGCGCCUUCGACGACGGGGACGCCGGGGCACCGGCACGAACGGAGUGGCCCGGCGGAAGAAUCGUGGGCACAGGCGAGUUUUACGGGAUUUUGCGAAGCGCGACGGUCGCCGCGGAGGACGGGGUCGGUCAGAGUCGGCUCCGGGUGCCGCCCACGUGGCCGGAGGGCGUCGACGUGGUGGUGGACGAGUCGCAGUCAGACACGUCGGAGGGAGAAGACGACGACGUGGGUGAUGACGUGGACGGGAGCGACGGGGGCGACGGGGGCGACGGGGGCGACGAGGCGACGCGGGAGGACCCGUGCGUGGAUUGA